AUGAAUCAACCCUCAAGGGAUAAAGGGUAUUAUGAAACAAUCCUGUUUGUUCCGAUCAUCACUAGGAGCAAAUCCGAUGGCGAGCUGGACGCGCAAUGCCAUCGGGCAGAGAAGCCGGGACGUGGUCGGGAUUCCGGUGGAGCGGGAAUGCCCGAGCCCACAUGUAAAGACAUCCCGACCUGGACCCCCCGUGGCCGACGGGCAAGCCGAGAUGAGGCCCUGCACCCAAAGUGGGCAGUGCAUUGCAUGGUGGCAUUUCCAGGAGCUUGGGCUGGCCUCUCGUUCACACCACCCACCAAUCUCUUUGGACGCCGGGGAGGAGUUGGAACCGGGCGAAACGCCACCUUCAGGGCGGCCCCAUGCGACAAGCGCUCCGGGAUCCAUACACGGCCCAAGACCUUAUCUCUCGGGGCUCUUUGUUCCAGCUGGGCAUGGAUCCUGGAAGCAGAAGCACUCACGUCAGAGCUGGCAAAUUUGUCAAAUCUCAUCCAUGGAAACAGCUUCGAUUCUGGCCUGGCCGGUGAGCAGUUUGACACUUUGGGAGUGGAGACCUGA